AAACAAAAGUAUCUUCCCAUUUAUCCUUCCAUGGGGGAGAGAGUAAAAAUUGGGAGUGUUGAAGAACAGGCCGAGUUAAGAGAGCUUUGGAGUAAGGAAAUGGAGGAAAUCCAAGGAUUGAAUAGCAAUGAAGUGAGAAACAAAAGUGGGGGUGAUUUGCCAUUGGCGAGAGUGAAGAAGAUAAUGAAAGCAGAUGAGGCGAAGAUGGUUUCAGCUGAGGCAGUUGUUGUGAUGGGAAAGGCGUGUGAAAUGAUGAUGAAAGAGCUGAGUUUGCGGGCGUGGAUUCGAACUCGGGACGGCAAGAGACGUACCCUGCAAAACAAAGACAUUUGGAGUGGUGUGAGCGAGAGUGAGGUGUUUGAUUUUCUUGUGGACGUACUUCCUAGGCCAAAACCACUUCACCCUCCUCUUCUUUCCUUGAAUGCUUUUGAUCUUGUUAAUAAUCCUUUCUUCACCUAUGGGCAGUUCCCCAAUGGCUUCUUGUGGCCCUCCUGAAUCUUGAUUCAUCUUCUCACUGGAAUUUUGUAUAGGGUUUGAGGGCUUGUACAUUUGUUAAUGUUUUGAAUGUGGGGAGCUAUGCAUGGAAGUCAAAGAGAUAUUAUUGUAGGUUUGUGUUAUCUUGUAUCAGAGAUAGCAAAACAAAUUUAUUGAUGAUAUAAAUCUUCGAUAAAUAAGAGAGCUUUGGAGUAAGUUGUCAUUGAAACCUUCUAUAAAAAGCAGCUUUGGAAUAAGUUGUAUAAACAUUGAAAUACUCUAUAAAAAGAUAGUUUUAGAGUAAGUUGUAUAUAUAUUGAAACCAUCCAUAAAAU